GCUUCAUCACUUCGGCACCAGCACAACUGAGCGGAUUUACAGACACUCUUGUAAACUCAGCUUCAAAGAGCCAUGAAGGUCCUUGCUGUGCUCGUCCUGGCCGUUUUCACCGGCUGCAAUGCCAACCUCUUCUACGCUGACGCUCCCAAGCCUCAGCUGGAAGUAAUGACUGAUGCUUUCUGGGACUAUGUCGGCAAAGCCACCCAGACAGCUGAUGACACCCUUCAGAUGAUCAGAAAGACCCAGUUUGGCCAGGAUAUCAGUGCCCGUAUCACCGACGGCGCUGAAGCAGCCAGCCAGUAUGCAGUCACCCUGCAGGAGCAGCUCCCACCCAGAGCCCAGGAACUGAUCACCAGAGUCACCCAAGAGGCAGAAGAUCUGAGAGAACGCUUGAACACCGACCUGAACAACGCCCGGGAGAAGCUGGAGCCCUACACUGAGAACCUGAAGGUCCAGAUCAGGGAGAGAGUGGAGCAGCUGAAGCAGGAGCUGGCCCCCUACACCGAGAGUUUGGAUACUGAGACCCUGAGGACCACCGUCAUCCAGAAAAGCGAGGAGCUGAAGGCUCAGCUGGAGCAGAGUGUGCAGGAGCUGCAGACUCACCUGGGGCCCUACACCGACGACCUGAAGCAGAAGGUUGACCAGCACCUGGAAGACUUCAAGCAGAGAGUCGCUCCCGUGACCGAGAGAGUCCAGGAUCAGCUCACACAGAGAGCCCAGCAGGUGAAGGAAAUGGCUGCCCCAUACGUAGACAACCUGAGGGAGAGGCUGGACCCCUACGCCCAGGACCUCCAGACUCGUCUCACCUCCCUCUAUGAAUCCUACGUCAAGACCAACUAAGUCAAACUCCAGCUGACUCUGAACCAAAAGAAACUGCAUCAAAUAAAACAGAAUUUUCUCCCGGAUGCCAGAAACAUGGCAAUGCAACUUUAAUUGACCUGUUUGGAAAAGCUACAGUUGUUAGUUCAUGUAACGUUGUCAGAAAAGUGAUACAUAACAAAUGCAUGUUGGUCUGUGACCACAAGGUGUCCGCUCCCUAAUUUAUGAAAAUAAAACAAAAGCAAAAGAAACUUGA